CUAGAUUUUAACUAUUUUUGAUAUCAAUUUUCUGUAUUUCAAAUCAAUCAACCAAUAUUUUUUAUUACAAAUAAACCGAAAGUAGGAGAGAACCGAGUAUACUCGAUUUAGUAAGUUGUCAAAGGAGACUACUUGCUCCCGAUCCCGAGUGAGAGGAGACCAAUUCUCUUAAUUCGACACUCAUACUCCUAUUGUUUGGUUUUAUUUUAAACUUUGAAUUGAUUUAACCAUUCUCCUCCAUACUCCAUUACUGGCCUGAGAAAACAAAUGGCCGCACCUUCACAACAAGAAGAAUAUCUCGAUGUUCUUACGAAAUCUGGCCACAAGACUGGAAUUUCCAAAACCAGGGGGCUUGUCCAUCGAGAUGGGGAUUACCAUAGAGCUGUUCAUGUGUGGAUUUAUUCCGAAAGUACACAUGAGCUACUACUUCAGAAACGUGCUGACUGUAAAGACUCCUGGCCUGGCCAGUGGGAUAUCUCUAGUGCAGGUCAUAUCUCUGCCGGAGACUCUUCCCUCGUAACGGCAAGAAGGGAGCUUCAAGAAGAGCUAGGAGUCGACCUUCCAGAGGAUGCAUUUGAACUGUUGUUUGUUUUUCUCCAAGAGUGCGUCAUUAAUGAUGGAAAUUAUAUCAAUAAUGAGUUCAAUGAUGUAUAUUUGGUGACCACUAUAGCUCCUAUUCCUCUGGAAGCCUUUUCGCUACAGGAAUCUGAAGUGUCUGCUGUUAAAUAUAUUUCUUGUGAGGAAUACAAAAGUUUGCUGGCUAAGGAAGAUCCUUUCUAUGUCCCGUAUGAUGUAAAUGGGCAAUAUGGGCAACUCUUUGACUUUAUAGCACAAAGGUACAGAGAAAACAGAGAGGAACGAAGUUUGGCUCUUCAAAGGCAACUUAAUCGCUAUGCUCCAGUUACCCUAGGUGCAGAGCUGCAAUGGCUAAGUGAUGCAGAUAAAGAAGCUCUUGAGUUGAUUCUUAAAGCCGCUAUGAUAAUUGAUGAUAUAUUUUACCAGCAGGUUUGUGUAAGCAAUCCUGCUUUAAGAGAUUACUUAAAGGACCAUGUUGAUAUUUCUCCCUUGAACAAGUUGAAAUGGGAGUACUUUGCUAUUAAUAAAAGUCCAUGGUCGUCCCUAGAUGAAAACCAGGCCUUUUUAACUACAGCUGAUUCUGCAAUUAAAUUGCUUCCUCAUGCCACAAAACCAGUGCUCGACUGGAAGGGCCUUGAGUACAGAGCUGCAUUUCCUCUGACGAAACCACCUGGUGCAAAUUUCUAUCCCUCAGAUAUGGAAAAACUGGAAUUUGAAUUGUGGAAAAAUAGUCUGUCUGAGGAUGAAAAACAAGAAGCAAUGGGUUUUUUCAAUGUUGUUAAAAGACGCAGUGGAGUUAAUUUGGAUGCCCAUAUUGAUGGGGGAGACUGUGCCGUAUCUGUUCAUGAUCUUUACUGUGUACCGUUUUCUGAAGAAUAUAGGUCUCACCUCAAAAAAGCUUCAGAUUUGCUGCAUAAAGCAGGGGGACUCACUAGUUUUCCCAGCUUGAAGAGGCUGCUGCACAGCAAGGCAGAUGCAUUUCUUUCAAAUGAUUAUUAUGACUCUGACAUAGCUUGGAUGGAGUUGGAUUCAAAGCUGGAUGUCACCAUUGGCCCUUAUGAGACCUAUGAAGACACACUUUUCGGAUACAAGGCUACAUUUGAGGCAUUUAUUGGAAUUCGAGAUGACAAUGCCACGGAAAAGCUUAAACUAUUUGGUGAUCACCUAUUGGUUUUGGAGCAGAAUCUUCCAAUGAACGACUCAUUCAAAUCUAAAGAUGUCUCACCUGCUCCAAUUCGUGUCAUCCAACUUCUUUACAAUAGUGGGGAUGUGAAGGGACCUCAAACUGUUGCAUUUAAUCUACCAAAUGAUGAACGGAUUGUGAAAGAUCGUGGCACUUCAAUGGUUAUGCUUAAAAAUGUCUCUGAGGCAAAGUUUGAGCAUAUUCUUCUUCCGAUUGCUAAGGCAUGCAUAUCAAAGGAACAACAGGAUCUUGUUGACUUCGAUUCGUUCUUUACUCAUACAAUUUGUCAUGAAUGCUGCCAUGGAAUUGGUCCUCAUAGCAUAGUGCUCCCAGAUGGCCGCGAAUCAACUGUAAGAUUGGAGCUACAAGAACUACACUCAGCAUUAGAAGAAGCGAAAGCUGAUAUAGUUGGCCUCUGGGCUCUUAAUUUCUUCAUCAGUCAGGAUCUACUUCCGUCAACUUUAUCCAAGUCUAUGUAUGUGUCCUUCCUUGCGGGAUGUUUUCGCUCUGUACGUUUUGGAUUGGAUGAAGCUCAUGGGAAAGGACAAGCACUGCAGUUCAAUUGGCUAUUUGAGAAAGAAGCAUUUAUUUUGCAUCCUGAUGGAAGAUUUAGCGUGAAUUUCGACAAGGUUAAAGAUGCAGUCGAGAGCUUGAGUUCAAAGAUUCUUACCAUACAAGCUACCGGUGAUAAAAAUGCUGCUACUUCACUUCUUCAAGAGUAUUGUAAAAUUACCAACCCAUUGCGACUUGCAUUAGACAAGUUGGUAUGCCUUGAGGUACCAGUUGACAUUGCUCCUAAAUUUAGCGUUGCUGAUCAAAUAUGCGUGGAAUAGCCUGAAACAUACAAGUCUCAUUAAUCAUUUGCCGCACAAUUUCACUUCAAAUGUUUGGUGACCUGACAGGUCACUAUGGGAGCGUGGGAUUUGUGUCUCUCAACAACGGAGAUCCAUUUGAUGGAAUCUGAUUCUGAAUCAGAUCGUAAGAGGUUGUGUCAACUGUUGGGUCAUUCUUUCUUUCUUCAAUGAACACCAAUAAACAAAAUCUCUGUUUAGAUUUGUGAUUUGAGUGGAGGCUUUUGAUCAGAAUUCAGAUGUAUGCUCUAAUUAUUUGACAUUUUCAAUUAAUAACUUGUAUAUUGUCAUAUCAAUAAAAUGGAUGUUAUCUUCAAGUAGCA